AUGGCGCAAGAAACGAACGCCCAAGCCCCGUCUGCCAGCAAGACGCUGACGGCUCAAUGCUACUGCAAAUCCGUCCACUUCAACAUCACCGUCCCGACUUCCGCUCUCCCUCUCAAAGUCCACCUCUGCCACUGCAGCACCUGUCGCUACACCCACGGCACGCUUUCCACAUUCCAUGCUCGUCUCCCAAGCGGCGUCGCCCCGUCAUUCAUCUCCCCCUCGUCGCUCUCCUCGCUGACGGCCUAUCGUCACGCCACUGCCACGAACACUCGUUACUUCUGUAGCACCUGCGGCUGCCACAUCGGAGACCAGGGCAUCAACAACGACGACGACUGGGUCAUAUCCGCCUCCAUCUUCGACGCCAACAAAGACGACGUCCCCUCGGUGUGGGACAUCCACCAGCACGUCAACACGGACUCGGCCCCCGGCGGCGGUCUGUACAACUGGCUUCCCAGCAUCGCAGGCAAAGAGAUCAACGUCCGGAACCCGAAAACCCCAGACGCCAAGACCGCCGCGGCACCCGCCCUCGAGACGGGAGAGCACGGCGAGGAGCUGCUCCGCGGCCAGUGCCACUGCGGCGGCGUCUCCUUCACCAUCUCCAGGCCCUCGGCCGGCGUCGCGUCCUACAGGGACUGGAUCUCGCCGACGGAGCCGGGCAAGUGGAUGGCGGGGGCCGACACGUGCGGCGACUGCCGGCUCCAGACGGGCGCGCACGUCACCGGCUGGGCGUUCGUCCCGCAGUCGUGCAUCGCGCCGCGGGUGCCGGGGGACCUCACCCUCGGCACGUCCAAGAUGUUCCAGUCGACGGAGAAGGUGUCGCGGUCCUUCUGCGGGGUGUGCGGCGCGUCGGUGCUGGCUUUCUACAGCGGUCCCGAGCGGGCGCUGGUGGACGGCGACAGGUUGUUUAAUCUUGCCGUCGGGCUGCUGAGGGCGCCCGAGGGGGUUUUGGCGGAGGACUGGUUGACGUGGAGGACGGUCAAGGUCGGCUGGGCGGAGAACGGGAGGGAGUAUGAUGCUGCGCUCGUCGAGGCUUUGGCUGAGGGCACGGCGAGAUGGGGGGAGAAGUAUGGGGAUAAGGGGAAGAUCCUGGAGAUGUAUCCCUAA